AUGGCAGCAGCACAAAGACUCGGCCUCUUAUCGGGACACCUUCUUAGAAGCUCCCUUACUCCGUUGUCAAAACGAACGUUCACUUCUUCUGUCAGACUACAAGCUGGCUUCCAGAAAAUUGUUGUGGAUAACCCGGUGGUUGAACUGGAUGGAGAUGAGAUGACCAGAAUCAUUUGGAAAAAGAUUCGCGAAGAGCUCGUUCUUCCGUAUCUUCAACUCGACAUCAAAUACUAUGACCUUGGCUUAGAAUACCGCGACCAGACCAACGACCAGGUUACCGUUGACUCCGCCGAGGCCAUCAUGAAGUACGGUGUGGGAAUCAAGUGCGCGACAAUUACACCGGACGAAGCUCGUGUCAAAGAGUUUAAUCUCAAAGAGAUGUGGAAGAGUCCGAAUGGAACUAUCCGUAACUUAAUUGGCGGAACGGUUUUCCGCGAGCCUAUUAUCCUCACACGUAUUCCUCGACCCGUUCCGGGUUGGGUGAAGCCCAUUGUCAUUGGCCGACAUGCCUUUGGUGAUCAGUAUCGUUCAACCGACUUUGUUGCUCCUGGUCCUGGAAAGUUGCAAUUGAUCUACACUCCCGCGGAUGGUGCAAAAGCGACUACCCUUGAUGUGUACGACUUCAAAGGUCCAGGUGUCGCUAUGAGCAUGUACAACACAGAUGAGUCAAUCCAAGGUUUUGCUCACUCAUCCUUCAAAAUGGCAUUAUCGAAAAAAAUGCCAUUAUUCAUGUCCACUAAAAACACCAUCAUGAAGAAGUAUGACGGUCGUUUCAAAGACAUUUUCCAGGAAAUCUAUGAGUCGCAAUACAAGUCUAGCUUUGAGGCUGCUGGUAUCUACUAUGAGCAUCGUUUGAUCGAUGAUAUGGUUGCCCAAGUCAUCAAGUCGUCUGGUGGUUUUGUCUGGGCAUGCAAAAACUACGACGGUGACGUCCAAUCUGAUAUCCUCGCACAAGGAUUUGGUUCUCUUGGAAUGAUGACUUCAGAGUUGAUAACCCCUGAUGGGUUAGUUGUCGAGUCUGAGGCUGCACACGGAACUGUAACCCGUCACUAUCGUGAGUGGCAGAAAGGCAAUGAGACAUCCACGAACCCUGUCGCAUCAAUCUUUGCUUGGACAAGGGGUCUGCUGCAUCGAGCUAAGCUUGACGGGAACGACAAACUGAAGGCCUUUUGUGAAAAACUGGAGAAGUCUUGUGUGGAGGUCAUCGAUGAGGACGGUGUGAUGACGAAAGAUUUGGCAUUGGCGAUUCAUGGAAAGGAUAUGAAGAGGGAACAUUGGGUCAUAACGGAUGUGUAUAUGGAUGCUGUCAAUGCCAAACUCCUGAAGAAGCUGAGUAAUUAA